AUGAGUGACGCCUUUCUGCUGGGAUUACUAUGGUGCCUCAUAUUGCCGGUUCUGUGGCAGCCAGCGUUGGCAACCCGCGAUUUCGAGAUACGUUGGCGGGACAUCAACUGUUCGGUCGUUGAUCCCACGACAGCUGAGGUCUUCAAGUGCGACAUUGUGGAAAUGCCCAAGAAGCAGGGCAAUUUCCUAAACACCUUGCUUCUGCUCCGGCGACCUAUCCACAAAAUGUGGGUGGAACUGAGUGUGGGACAGAUUGCCAAAAGAAAGGAUCGCUUUAUUCAGCAACUCCUAAAAAUUCGAGUGGAUGGCUGUAACCUGAUCGGUUUUCGCAGCAAGAAUCGCAUUGUGAAUGCGGUGCUCAAAAAGCUAAUUCAAUCGGGAAACUACCCAGAUGCCUGUCCCCUAUUGGCGAAUGUCAACUAUACGUCCACACGUUUCGCCCUCAAUCCGGAUCAUUUUCCGACCUACAUGCCGGACAUGAAGUUCAAUACGAAACUGGUCUUUCAGCUGGGCAGGAAUAUUAGCCUGAUCCGGGCCAGUGUGGAUGCCGAGGUGAUGAGACGGUCGUAA